GAUAGUUUAAUGACGUUUGGUCCCGAGAUGACGGAGCCACCUGACUGAGCCACCUGAGGUGACAUGAGCGGAACAGCGCGCGCAGCCAGUGUGGCAUACUUGUCGAACACCGAGCCGCACGCGGACAGUCAACGGGUAUCAGCGGAGCAGCGGCAGAACUUGAGCGCAAUCAUUAAGAAUAACGGCACUGUAAUAUGUUUCUUUUUGUCACUUAUUUUAAUGUGUUUAGUUGAACGCACACGGAGAGUCAACAGGCGGAUAACAAGGAACUGGAGCCUACUGACAACCAAAGAGUUUUUUGGUGGGCAACAAGCGCGCAUGGGUAAAUGACACCGACGAGCAUCUAGUGACAGAGAGCGCACGCUGGUUGUGAGACUCCGAGAUAACGAUUUGCCUCAUAGUUUAUACAGACAUACUUUACAGCAUCGAAACCAGAAUGACUUGUUAGAAUAUUGAUCAUUCUAAGGGUUGAAACGUCAAAACCGCUAUUACCAAACCCACAUUGCACUCUCCAUAGUUUGACAUACCAAGCUCUAGGAGCGAUGAAGACAAAAAACCGUGACCAAAGCUUGUCGGAUUCCCGGGAGCUGGACGGUUCGUAUGACCAACUCACGGACAGCAUCGAGGAUGACUUUGAGCUGUCCACGGUGUGCCACCGGCCCGAGGGCCUGGACAAGCUGCAGGAGCAGACCAGGUUCACCAAGAAGGAGCUGAAGGUCCUCUACAGAGGCUUCAAAAAUGAGUGUCCAUGCGGCGUCGUGAAUGAAGAGAACUUCAAGACCAUCUACUCCCAGUUCUUCCCUCAGGGAGACUCCAGUACAUAUGCUCACUUCCUGUUUGAAGCCUUCGACACCAACAAGAAUGGAUCCGUUAGUUUUGAGGACUUUGUAUUUGGCUUGUCUAUCAUUCUGAGAGGAACUAUCACAGACAGGCUAAACUGGGCUUUCAACCUGUAUGACCUUAACAAGGAUGGCUGCAUCACCAAAGAGGAGAUGAUGGACAUCAUGAGGUCCAUCUAUGACAUGAUGGGCAAAUACACCUACCCCUCUAUGCAGGAUGAUGCCCCCAGAGAGCAUGUCGAGAGCUUCUUUCAGAAAAUGGACCGUAACAAUGACGGGGUGGUCACUAUUGAGGAGUUCAUGGAGUCUUGCCAAAAGGAUGAGAACAUCAUGCAGUCCAUGCAGCUGUUUGACAACGUCAUCUAGUCAUUGAGUAAACCACAGAUUAAGAGAGGGCAGGCUGGGGGUGGUGUGUGGUGUGUGUGUGUGUGUGUGUGUGUGUGUGUGUGUGCUGUAUACGUGUACAUGUAUGCAUGAGGAUGUGAGGAUGUGUGACUGCUUUGAUCCAUGUUGUGUGUGCGUGAGUGUUUGUGGAGACGUGUAAGUAGGAUAGUUGGAACUUCACCUCCCCCCUCCGUCCCUCUCUCGCUCGCUCUUCUCCGUCCUUGCGGUCUACAACACUAGGGGUCCUCAUCCCUCCAUCCAGUCCCCCUUCUCCUGCCCGGGGACAGAAGAGAAGAGGCUGGCUCCUAGACCAGACACGCCCACACUGCUGUCCUCCUCCUCAAUGUGGACGCACCAUGAUUCUGCAGAUCUGGAGCCAGCUGCUUUUUCCCCAGAACCCUCUGGCUGGACUCUCAGUAAGACCAGACCGCCCCUCACCACUGACCCUGGAUCAGCAUGGAGCUUCUCUAACAGGAUCCAGGCUGAUGGGUCCGUCGGGGGGUGGGGGGGGGUCAGAGGAGCAGAGGAGCACUCCAGCCCGGAGGUUAUGAACUCCAUACACACGGCCCUCUAGGAAGCCAGAGGACUUGUGCGCCAUCUAGUGGACAACAGAGGGAAUGACACCGGAGAUAGGAACAACCAAACACAAUGAGAGAAGUUACUGCAAGAGAGAGAGAGAGAGAGAGAGAGAGAGAGAGAGAGAGAGAGAGAGAGAGAGAGAGAGAGAGAGAGAGAGAGAGAGAGAGAGAGAGAGAGAGAGAGAGAGAGAGAGAGAGAGAGAGAUGGAUGGAUUGGCAGAUGUGUAGAGAUUUGGACAUUUUGUUUUUCGAUAAAUAGUUAAUUCUACUAUAGCAUGAUGAUGUCACAAAUAACCUAAUAUGUAUUUAUAGAGAAACUCCAAAGCUGUCUCUGUCUGUUUGUCUGUCUGUUCCCACAUCCACAGGCACCUUGCAUGGCUGUGUAUGUGUGUGUGCACGUGUGUGUGUGUGUGUGAGAGAGAGACAGAGAGGGAGAGAGAGGCCUUGCUGGUGUGAAAUCCUAUCGUAUACUCUCCCCUAGAAAUACACAAUGCUGUAUGAGUGUGUGCGUGUAUGUGUGUAUGCACAACUAUAUACUGUGUGUGUGUUUCUCCAUGGGAAAAACUAGACUACCCAUUCAUAGUCAGCCCUCUGGCCUUCCACAACCGUAUAUGUGAGUGUGUUGUGACUGUUGUAUCUCUUCAAUAACAGUUUGUGUUGCUAACUCUUUACAUCGUACAGCUUUCACAUAGUUACAUUUACAUUUAGUCAUUUAGCAGACGCUCUUAUCCAGAGCGACUUACAGUAAGUACAGGGACAUUCCCCCAAGGCAAGUAGGGUGAAGUGCCUUGCCCAAGGACACAACAUCAGUUGGCAUGACCGGGAAUCAAACUGGCAACUUUCGGAUUACUAGCCCGAUUCCCUCACCGCUCAGCUACCUGACUCCCUAGUUGACAUGCCACUUUGAAAAUACCAGCUCCUCCCCAGACAUUUAUUAAGCGAUUAAUAUGCUACAUUCAUGUUGGAGUCCACAGGAUUUUCGGAGCGAGACUGAAUCAAACACAGCUUGUAGCUUCCGAGGUAAACACGCGGUUCCCCUGGCAACUGAAAAAGUUGUGAUGAUGAUAGUAUUUACAGAAUGAAGUAGAUGCCUACUAGGGUAACGUGUAACAGCAGCAAAGUGCAUUCUGGCUGCGUGUGUGUAUUCUUUCUUUUUGUGAGAAAAGCAAGACUCGAGCAAUACUUGUUUUUAAAACAACAUCCCUUUUUUUUUUUUUUUUGCAUCCCACACAUGACCGAUUACACAUCUGUUUGAGUGUCAGAGACGCUUGAGCUGCACUUUAUGUAUUUGUGUGUGUGUUUGUGUGUGUGUGUGUGUGUGUGGGAGAGAGAUAACCUUCACCUCUUCCACUCUCUAAAACACCAAAGAUUGACACACUGAAGACGUACUCUUAAGAGAUGUGUAUUGUUAAUAAAGCUACUGGUACUGGAGGAGUCAGAAUUACCAGAAAAAUUGGGAAAACAGAACUGAAGGUGUAUGUGUGUGUGUGUGUGUAUGUGUGCGUGUCUGUGUUGUUAAGCUGUUCCGUUACCUAGAAUGCUAAUUCCAACUCAACAUCACCAAGGGUUUUUUUUAGAGAGGGAGAAACAGAUAGAGAGAGGGAGAGACAGAGAAAGAGAGAGAGAAAGAGAGACAUUCUACUGGUGAUGAGGGACUGGUGAUAACCUGCUCCAGAGCAUUUAAAUAAGAGGAUGGGAUAUUGAAUACAUUGAGUAUUAAAACAGGAAGCAUUCCCAAAACAAAUGCUUGACUAAACGUACUUGACAGACUAUUCCCAUUUGAGGUCUCAUUUAAUAGUAAUAAUACUAGUAUGCUUUACAAAAUCUUUAAGAAAGUAUUUCAAAGUCUUUUCAGUAGUGUACUGUCUGCAGUGUGGUUCUGGUCCAAGGAAAGAUGUCUUUGUUGUACUUGCCUGCACUUCCAGCUAGUACCUUGUCAAUUUUCUCACAUUAUAACACUGAAAUAUAUUUUACACCAUCUUAUUCUUUCUUUUUUUCCUUUGGGAUAAAGCGCCCUGGCUCUGUGUGUCCCUUAGCUGCUGCCGUAGGUGACUUCCACCCUGCCUACCUGAGGGGAGCUCUGUCUAUCUUCGCAUGUACUAUGUGUAGAGCAACAAAAACCUGCUGACCUGUUGUAGCCUACCGACUGUCUAGUUUGCUAGCCUCGACUGGUUGCAUUGCAUAUUAUUCAAGAUGUGUAUAUUUUGUACAGAGACAAUAAAAUCACAAUUGCUAUGCA